AUGGGUCUGGAGGGAGCGGUUAUGGGUCUGGAGAGAGCGCCUGAUGCACAAGCUGCUGGCAGCAGCUUCCGCCCGGGGACCCCAUCGCUGAGCCCCUAUAGGCCGCUGCUGGUGCCCGGGGCCGCGCUCCCGCCCCUCCCCCCUCUCAAAGGCCCCUUCCUGGAGCUGCCCCCGCUGGGGGGGGGAGGGGCCCCGGAGCUGCCGCGGGGGGGGGGCGGGGGGGGGGCGGGGCUUCUGCUGCCCCCCCCGGGCCCCCCCUUCCUCUACAGCGCCCCCUACUGCGGGGACACGGCCCUGGUGCAGGUGCGCCAGGACCUGACCCCCCCCUCAGAGUUCUAUGGGCAGGGGCAGGGCAGCUUCCAGCAGAUGCUGCUGCCGGUGCUGGACCCCCCCGUGGUGAACUUCGGGGCCCCCCCCGCGCCGCCCCUCCCCCCGCUGCUGCCCCUCGGCCGCCUCCUGGCCCCGCCCCCGCGUCCUUUCGCCCCUCCCCCCCCCGGCAAAGGGGGCGGGGCCAGAGGACGCCCCAGCGAGGCCCCUCCCCCCCCUCCUCCACCCCCUCCCCCACCCCCUCACAACCAACCCCGCGGGGCCGCCCCUCCCCCCCCACAACCCUGCCCCACUUCCGGCGCCCGCCGCGCCCCUCCCCCCGCCCGCGCAUGGGGGGGGGAGGGGCCGGGGCGACCCCCGUGA